AUGGAAAGAGACAGAGUCUUAUCUGAUAUUGAAAAGAUGAGCCAUUCCCCUGUAGACACAACAAGGAAAGUGAAACAAGAAUUUGAUAAAAGAUUGACUUCACUUCAAGUAGAACUGAAGAAGAUGCAAAGUGAGCAGAAGAGACACACUAAGAUGCAAAGGAGCAGUUUACAGUAUGAGCAACAUCUGAGGACUCUCCAGCACGAGUUGUCUGACAUGAAGAAGUCCAAGGUCAGACUGAUAAAACAAGUUAAAGAGGAGGUAGAUAAAAACAAAAGAUGUGAAAAUAGGUGUAGCAGAGAGCUUAACCAACUGCGGAAGGAGCAUGUGAGAAUGGAUCAGAUUAUUCAGACACUGGAGAGACAAACAGCCCAGAAAGAUGCAGUGCUGAAACGAAAGCAGGAAGAGGUUGAAGCUCUGAGAAAAAGACAAAAGUCUGUGUGUGCAAAUACUCCCAGAAAGCCAGGAAAAUACCGCAGGUUGUCUAUGACAGCUACUACACAGUUUGGUCAGGAACAAAAGCAACCUGAUUUUUGUCCUAAAAUUGCCAAGCAGAAGUGGGACUCCAUAGAAAAGAAUAUAACGUCUAUGAUUUACAAGCGUCAAACCAUAUCCAUUCUAGAAAGGGACAUGGAUGUUUGGCUGCAGCAACGAGAAAAGUGCACAAAAGAAAUUGAGAAAUACCAGCAACGAAAGCAAGAAGCUGUUGGCUCUAACCAGCUAGAUGAAGUGCAUAAACUGGACAGAAUAAUAGAUGACCUCACUUUGAAAUCAGAACAUGCUCAGGAGAACAUUCUAGAAUGCCAGUCUAAUAUUAUGCACAUGGAAGAAACAAAGGAUGGCAGAGAGGCCAGCUUGGACAUAAAUGUUUACCUGGAAACUAUGUCUUUGGAGGAAUGCAGGUACAUGAUAGCAAAAUUCUAUCAGAGAGCUGUAGACAGGGGUUUGACUGUGGCUCACAAGCAGUCUGAAGUGCAAGAACUGCAAGGGAGACUACACCAGACUGAAGUUAAUAAUCGCCUGCAAGAGAAUGUUCUGCAGCAAAUGAUGGGUGAUAACAUCAGCAUUGAAACAACACACACUGACCUCCAUGAUGGGGAAUCAGUUUCAAGAUCAAUCUCAUCAUCUCCCAUAGAAAGAGUGGGUCUAUUCUUGCAUCCACCAGAACCCAAAGGGGAAGUUAACCAAGCCCAGAGUGGGUCUAUUCUUGCAUCCACCAGAACCCAAAUGGGGAAGUGGGUCUAUUCUUGCAUCCACCAGAACCCAAAUGGGGAGUUAACCAAGCCCAGAGUGGGUCUAUUCUUGCAUCCACAAGAACCCAAAUGGGGUGUUAACCAAGCCCAGAAUGGCUACCAGGCAAGCAU